CUUGAUGAACUGGAAGUCCGUGAAGUAUCAAGAGAAGACGAUAGGACAACUCUAACACAAGACGAGUCAAGGAGUACGUGCAUGAACAGAUGAUGGAGUCAACACCCGGGGGGGUGGGAGGGGGAGGCUCAGGGAGGUCUCCGCCCGUUGCCCCGCAAGCAGAGAUCGACUACUGGGAGGAUGAGGACAGAAUCCGAGAGCUGCUUCAAAUGUGUUUUGAUGAAGGGGUAUAUCCGACGGAAAUCGACCCUGGAGAGAUGACGAUAGACAGGAGGGAGGUGAGAUUUAAGUUGAACACCUCACUCGACGAAAUUGAAGUAAAAUGGUUGAAAGAGCGUACAGUGUCAGUCAUCUAUAAAGACGCGGCCAGAUUUCUACCAAAGAAUAUUAAGGACGAUCUGGUUAGGGCUUUCGAGGAUGGCUGGGUGUUAGGAAAUGAGAGACUGGGGGGAAACAUGAGAAGAGGAAGAGUGAAGAUUGAGGGACCGGGGGUGGCAUCGUAUGUGGCGAAGGCAAGCGAGGUGGCGCGAUUUAUGAUCGAGGAGGGCCAGGUGGAAGUGACUUUGGGUGCGGAAACGUAUAAAAUUUUAUUUAAGCCCUGGAUGACCCGGGCAGAGUUCAGGGAGUUAAGGAGGCAAGAGGAUGAUAGGGUUUUCUGGGUAACGGCGAUCCAAAUUCCAUUGGAUGCUAUGCCGUUCAUCUAUGCGCAAAUUGAGAAAGCAAUUGGCAAGAUCAUAUUGGCACAUCCAGCGGAUGCGGAUCCAGCCAGACCAGCGCUGGUCAACGCGAGAUUUGACCUCGAUCCGGACUCAAGGCCGAACAUGAAGGACGUUAUCUGGAUAGAAACCUCCAAGGGGGACACGCUGGAGGUACGCCUAGCAUCAACGGAUACGUUGAGAUGCAGAAAGUGCAGACAAUUCUUUCACACUGAGGACGACUGCAGAAGAGGAACGAGAUCCAGGAAUCAGGGUUUGGGGGAAAGGGCGUCAAACCCAGCAAAUCAAGCGCCAAGCUGGCAACAGCAUCCAACGGCAAGUCAAACAGGCGGAGGCCAGUCUCAAGGGACGUAUCAAGGAGUCUUAAGGCCGACAUCCUCACAGUCGAGGCAGCAGGGGAGUGAAUUUCAAGGCGGGGUCUUAAGGAAUAACCCUACCUUCUCUCCAGGAGGGGGAGGUGGAGGAGGAGGAGGACAACUCGGUUAUAUGGGGAACUCUGCGUUGGGACAGCUGCAAGCACAAGGUGGAAGCGGCGUAGGAGGACCUUACCUUAACAACAUCCCAACGCAAGGUAUAGCUCCCGGGAACUGGGCGCAAGCUGCAGGGACUCAAGCUGCAGGCAUGACCCUAGAUUGGUAUCUGGCAAAUGGAUAUGUCCCAGGCCUCUGGCCAGUCGCGGGUCAGGUUUUUGGCAACCCAGGCAGGGGUGGGCCAGGGUACAUACCAGGAAGUUUUGGAGGGCAAUCCGUGGCACCAACAGGACAGGUUGGAGUUGCUGGGUUGAUACCACCAGGUAAUCAGGUGACAGGUUUGGGAGUUACAUCAGGUCCAUGCCAGGGUGGUGUUGGAACAGGAAUGGUGGGGACCUUGGGCAUGAACGGGCAUCUACAGGGAAACUCCGGUAUUGGAACAGGCACAGGAGCAGGUAACCCCCUAGGGGGAACCCCGAGGGGAGGAGGAGCUGUGGGCGGAACACUGGGGGAGCAGGAAGCGGCCAGCACCCCCAACCGCUCAAGGGGCAGAGGAUUGGGUAAACAGCGAAGACUGAGCAUGUCGUCUCACCCGGAGGUAACACCAGAGAACUCAAGAGGCUCAAGAAUAUCAAGGGAUGACUCAGAGAAGUCAGUCGGGCAUGACGUGGGGAUCGUCACACCUGGCAAUAAGACCACGCGAGACAGAAGGCUGGUAUCGGCAGCCCGAACACAGGGAACAGAGAUGCCACAAUAUCUCCUUCCCCUCCUGUGUACUGAGGUUAGGAACGCGAAGUGAGUAAUUGCGUGGCAAAAAGGGUUAGGUGUUCCAACCCUCUUCGCACAAGCAGUCACGGAGCUACCGACGUUAGCAUAGAUAGAG